UGUUCAGCAACAAUCAUUUCUAAUUCAAUGGGAAAAUGAAGAAUUUUGGAUUGUUUAAUUUAGCUGCCAUUUCUGGAGGAAAAUGACUACGAGGAUGAAGAAAAUCCCUAGAUCAGAAGCAAACGAAGUGGAAGAAACGCUUUCACGGCUCAUAGUACCACAGUCAUUUCUUUCAAAUAAAAUACAGAAGUCUGGAAGCCUGCCGAGCAUUGAUGGACUUGGUCUGGGGAUUCACAAUGUAAGACUAACUACAAGAUUUGUAGUGAAUAAAGCAAAUCAACGAUUUCCCAGCAAUACCAGGUCGGAAAGGACAAGAAAAACGUUUAUCAGCAAAGGAAUUCAGGUAUCUGGUAAAGAUGACGAUUUGUCUGUAUCAAAACUACAAGCACUGGAAAAGGAAAUCAUCUUACUUAAAGCCCUGCUAAAGGAGAAAGAUGCUGCAUUACUUAUGUUAAAUAAAGAAAUUAAAAAUAAGACAUUGCAGUAUGCCAAAGACAUUGAAAGUGAAGUAAACGGACAUAAAACAACAAGACAGAAUCUGGAGACAGCCCGAUCUUUAGUGGAAGAGAAGGAACAGCUUUUAAAAGAAAGUAAAAUACAGUAUGAGAAAGCGACUCAGGAGUUAACAAAUCAGUAUGAAGAGAGAGUUACAUCAGUAAUGGAAGAGAGUCAACAGCAAGUAUAUAUCAGGGAUGAAAAAAUUAGCAAACUAAAACAUCAGAUCUCCGAACUAUUUAAAGAAAAAUCAUGGGAACAUCAGCAGCAGAUCGAGGACUGUCAGAAGGAAGUAGCUCAAUUAACAGAAGAAAUUCAACUUCUUCGAUUACAGUUGAAAAAACAGAGCACAUCUAAAAAGGAAUGUGAGCAAUGCAAAUCCUUACUAUCAGUCCUGGAGGACAGAAACCUUAAGCUUAAACUGAAGAAUAGGACUAUAGAGGAGCUGCACUCUAUAUGCCAAAGAUUUGAAAAACAACUCAAGGAACAAGAAAAGCUACAGGGUUUGCUUUUGACAAAAAAGCAAAGUAAGACAUGAUCCAUGCAUUCAUCGGUCUACACAGAAAUGAUCCUCAAUCUGUGUAAUUUCCACUGAAAAUCGAAACACCUUAUUCACAAAGUAAUCAAUGAAUGCAUGAUCGCAAUGAAUCUUCAUCACUUUGCAUGUGUUGGCAUUACUGAAAAAAAGCUUUCCUUUAAUGAAGAAACAGCCAAAUGAAAUAUCAGAGGUUGUCCAUCUAUCCCCAACGGGUACUUAUAUUAUUUAGGGUAUACAUGAGACUUCCGAUUACUGUGUUUUUUUUAUAUAAUUUGGAAAUGUUGUUAUAAUUGGAAUGAUUAUUCCUACCCGGAUUUGUUAGAUUUGAAAAGGUUAACUUCUAAAGCUUAUAUAUUUAUUGUGUUUUCACUCAAUUUUAAUUAUAGCAUUUCUAUUGUGUUGACAUAUACUUCUUCGUGUUUGGUUUUCAUGGUAUGAUUAAGCCACAUGCUGCUUAAGCAUGACAUAUUCAGCAAAUAUAUUUCAAUGGAUGUUUCCAUAUUUUUUAACAUUGUACGUUUGAUUUCACACUUUUUUUUUUUUAAAGGGACACUUCAUGUUUUAUAUUGGGGUGGCCAUAAAGCCUGGAAAAGCAUGGAUAGAUGUAGUGCUGGUAUGAGAUCUUUUGGCCACUCCAGUAUUAUAUAAAUAUGUCUCAAAAAUAUGCAAAAUCAUAAUUAAAAAAUAAUGCAUAAUAAAGAUAUUAACCAACCUCUGUCUAGACCAGGAAGCUCCCUCCACAUAACCAUGAAACCCUACACAACAUUGUGAGUAAUACAAAGGUUUCGGGUAGAUGUAGUUCGGUUGUAAACUUUGUACUAUAUAAUUAACAGCUGCACUACAACAACCAAAAACUCAACAGGGUUAUUCACAAAACUCUAAAAUUUGAGCAAAUUAAACUCAAAUGG